AAAAUAAUGCAACACUGCAUGCAUUGCUUGGUCAAAGUUUCACCAGAGAGGUUUGGCACGACGUGCACUCUUGGCGCAGUCUUCAAUUUAUGUUGAUGGGUUUUCACGUUUCUUCCUUGUUGUAUAUGCAAAGUUUUGAGAGAAAUAACUUUGAAUAACUAAAAUGAGGAAAUAUCAAAAGUGGAUAAUUUCCUCGCUUGAGUGCCGUGUUUGUGUUGUUAAAAAGUGUAUUCCAGUUUCCAUUUUCCAAAAGAAAUAAUGCUCCAUUGAUUCAGAAAUUUAACGAGCAAACUAAUGCUUUGAAAACAAAUAAAAAAUUUCCUUGGAAAUCCUAAUUUUUUUUAACAGAUUAGGAUUUCUGUUUAAAAAAAUAAUUUUCCAAUUUAAAACAUCUGAUUUAUGAUUGGCUGAGACUUUGUACAUCUAUUUAUAUUGAACUUCAUUUAAUAGUUUUUUCUUUAUUUAUAAAAAAGUGGAUCUUUGUGAACCUUUUCUCAUCUGAUAUCUUAUCAUUCUUAUCUCUCCUUAAAUAAAUCAGUCUGUCUUGAUUUUUUUUAAUCUCAUGCUGGAUUCUAAGCUUGAUGAACUAUCAGAUAAGACGUGCAAUUGAAAAUGAUAAGCAGCUGCUUUUACAAUUAGUUGUCUUGAAUCAUAGCCGUGAAAGAAGCAAAUCUUAAAAUGCAAUUAUACGGCGUUGCUACAAUUUUAUCACUCGUCGUUUUGGGUGGUGUGGCCUUGUUUGGAGUGCUUAUUUUGACAAUCAACGCCUCUUCAGAGACACUAUGCGAAAAAGCAGGAAAAGAUCUGAAUAUGACAAAAUUGGUGUCUGGAACUUACUUCUUCAAAGACGAUUUCUCUUUCUGGAUUUCAUGGGACGACGCAAAAGCAUUUUGCGAGUCGCACGGCUUAGAACUGCUGACGGUGACAAAUCGGUACGAAGCGGCAGAGAUCACGGACGUGUUCGAAACGUAUUUAUGGACGUCCGGCUACUUUUUCCGCGACGGUGAAAAUCCUCCGGGUCAGUUCAAGUGGCAAAACGGCUCAAUAAUCCCGCUCGACUCGGCCAUGUGGAGCUCGUUUUUCGACGAGCCCAAUCAUUACCUCACGAAAAACCGGACCUGCGUUUUGCUUUACAGGGGAGAAUUGUUGGACGAUCCGUGCGUGGGUUGGUACCCGUUUGCCUGCGAAAUUCCGCACUCUUGUUACUCGUGAAUAAACCACAGAUUUCGAAAAGUGAAAACGUUGUGUCAAUAAUUAAUCGCAAGCAGGAAAUGUCACGACGAGUUUCGUUUUUAAGUAAACUUAAUUAAUUAAUUAUAAGGUCUGUUUGCAAUAAAAGUUAUUUCUAGAAUUUUGUUCAAUCAUCUACAAAUAUUCCAAAAGAAAUUGAAUGUGGAUUUAGAAACGUAGAGAUGAAACCAAUGUCUAAAUUUAAAAUUUUAAUUGGAAUUCUUAACUUUUUUAUUAGGAUUUCUGUCGCCUAUAUAUUAAGUUUUAGCUUUCAAUAAGCA